AUGGUUGAUCACAUGCAGAAAACAUACAGUCUUCAAUUUCACUAUACCAAGCUAUAUAGGGCAUGCAGGAUUGCCCUAGAGAUUAAUGAAGGAAGUCAUUCCACAUCAUAUGCAAAAUUACCUGCUUAUGCUAGGUUGGUACUUCAGAAGGAUGUUGGGAGUAUUUUUAAGCUCCAGUUUGAGAACAGGAACCGUAUGUCAGAUAAUCCGAUUUUUAAAAGAUUGUUUGUCUGUUUUGAUGCUUGCAAUAAGGGUUUCUUAAGAGGAUGUAGACCGUUCAUUGGUCUUGAUGGCUGCCACCUCAAGGGCCGGUAUGGAGGGGUACUGUUGAGUGCAAUAUCUGUUGAUGGGAACAAUGGUAUUUUUCCUAUCGCAUAUGGUGUAGUUGAAGUUGAGUCUAAGGAUAGCUGGACGUGGUUUCUGGAUAAUUUACGAGAUGCUUUACUCGAUGACAGUGAUGAUAUGUCACUCACAUUCAUGUCAGCUUCAACUGAACUUCAGUUUCAAAAGGAAAUGAAUAGCAUCAAGGAGAGUAAGGAAAAUGCAUACUUGUAUUUGAAUGAAACUCCCUCGAGGAUGUGGUCAAGGCAUGCCUUUGAUGUAGGAGCAAGAAGUGACCAUAUAACGAACAAUAUGACUGAGUCAUUUAAUCACUGGAUUGGAGACUUAAGGAGCAAACCCAUUCUCACAUUGGUUGAUCACCUAAGGGUGAAAAUAAUGGGUAGGCUACAUAGAAGGUAUGAGAAGGCAACCAUGUUAGAGGGUAAAGUAACACCAAGGGUUAUGGUGAAGUUGAACAAGGUUCAGCAAGAAGCAAGGCAUUACAAGUGUCAACCAGCAGGUGAAGGUCAAUUUGAGGUUUUAAAUAGAUUUGAAAACAGAUUUGUGGUUAAUUUGAACCAUUAUAGAUGUGAUUGUAGAGUUUGGGAAAGCACUGGUAUACCUUGUCUCCAUGCUGCAACUUCUAUAUCAUACAUAAGGGGAGAGUUGGUCAACUAUUGUGAUCCAUUUUUUAGUAUUGGAAAAUACUUGGAUACAUACAAAGAGAUGAUCCAUCCACUUCCAGAUUUGGCAGUGUUGAAGGAUGAUGCUCCUAAUGAGAGAGUACUACCACCAAAUCUGAAGAGGUUACCAAGUAGACCUCACAAAAUCAGGAAAAGAGAAGCAAGAGAAGCACUUCCUUCAAAUUUCAGGAAGAGUCACAAGGAUUAA